CCAAGCCCUCUGUCUUUCUUUCUCUCUCUAUCUAUAUCUAUUCUAUUCUUGCGCUGAUUUCAAAUCUAUAUUUAUCCAACUAUUUGCAUAUGUAUGGAUUCCCUCUUUCCCCCCCCUUUUUUUUUUCUCUCUUCCUCUCCCCUCUCCUCUUCCUCCACGCUUUCCUCUCCCCUCCCAACGACCUCUCCAACCUUCUCCAAUCCCUCGAUUCUUUCGGGGGUGACUCUCCUCCCAAAUCCUGUUCGGGAUUAUCCGUAUGGCUCGUGGUUCACGGAAAUUUUCAUCUUGUAGUUUGUCUGACCAAAGGUUGGAGAUUGUGGAAUUGAUCGGGAAUAGAUGAGGGGGGCAAGAGAAUAUAUCGGAUUCCAAGGAUAAUUCGCUGUCCGACCAGCUUGAUAGUCACACGGACUGUCAGUUGAAUACUGUUUUUUUUUGAAUAAAUCAUUGUGCAAGAACAGAAAAUUGGAGACAAUUUCAAAGUAUAAUAGUGAUACAAUGACAAGUCUGAGUCAUGAUACUGGAGCUGGGCGGUAUCCCAUUUCUUGCCCGAGCCCAAGCCGAAGACCUGUUGCAAAUCUAGAAGCAACACCAGAGAAAGGGAAGAAAGCAUUAAGCAACAAGAAAAAAUUAGAUCCAGUAACCAAAGAUGGUACUGCUUUGACAUCAGGGGACUCAUGGCCAUUGGUGUCAAGGCAACCAAGCUCCAGCCCUUGUCCGGAAAUACCAAUGAGAUCAAAGGCAUCAUCCACCUCCAUAUCCUCCUCAACAGCAACAUCAUGCAUGAAUUCAAGUGACGCAAAGAUCAGCAAUUCAGGUACCUGCUCUGUAGACCGAGAUAGCACUGGUAGCACCCGUAGUGACAGCUUAGACAGUUUCACUACAGCAUCCAUCAAGCGGCACUCCGGGAGUGAUUCUCGUUGGAAGGCCAUUCAGCUAUGUUAUUCCAAAGAUCCCCCUCUUGGCCUAAACCAUUUCUAUCUCCUGAAGCGCCUUGGCUAUGGAGACAUUGGCAGUGUUUAUCUUGUCGAGCUCAAGAACACUAGCACCUAUUUUGCCAUGAAGGUUAUGGACAAGGCCUCACUUGUUAGUAGAAAUAAGCUAAUCCGGGCACAAACUGAAAGGGAAAUUCUUGGCCUCCUUGAUCAUCCUUUUCUACCAACUUUAUAUUCCCAUGUUGAGACAGGCAAGUUUUAUUGCUUAGUCAUGGAGUAUUGUAGUGGAGGGAAUCUAAACUCUCUCCGGCAGAAGCAGCCUAACAAGUAUUUCAGUGAGCAGGCUGCACGUUUUUAUGCUUCUGAGGUGUUGCUUGCACUCGAGUACUUGCACAUGCUUGGUGUUAUAUAUAGGGACCUGAAGCCGGAAAAUGUACUUGUCAGAGAGGAUGGCCAUAUUAUGCUAUCCGACUUCGACCUGUCACUGCGGUGCUCCGUCAAUCCAACACUUGUCAAGUCCUCAUCCACUCAUGAUGGCAUCGGCGAAAGCAUGCUUGACAGUGAGCAUGCAGUACAGGGCUGUGUCCAACCAACGGCAUUCUUUCCCCGCAUACUUCCUAAAAGGAACCGGAAGUCCAAAUCGGACUUUGGCCUUGAGAAAGGGGCCCUCCCAGAACUAAUGGCGGAGCCAACAAAUGCACGCUCGAUGUCAUUCGUUGGGACUCAUGAGUAUCUGGCCCCUGAGAUCAUCCGAGGAGAGGGCCAUGGCAGUGCAGUUGACUGGUGGACGUUUGGCAUCUUUUUGUAUGAGCUAAUGCAUGGGAAAACACCUUUCAAGGGGUCGGGAAAUCGAGAUACACUUUUAAAUGUAGUAGGCCGGCCAUUGAAGUUCCCAGAGGUGCCGGUGGUGAGUUCAGUUGCCCGAGACCUCAUUCGCAGCCUCUUGGUGAAGGACCCAGAGAAAAGGAUUGCGUACCGAAGAGGUGCCACCGAGAUUAAGCAACAUCCAUUUUUCGAGGGGGUGAACUGGGCAUUGGUGAGGAGCUCCACACCACCUCAUAUACCUGAACCAGUGGACUUUGCACGAUUCGCUUGCAAGGAAGUUCAUAACCUUGGGAAGAAGGCCACUGAAUUUGGCAUUACUGGUAAUGAUGUGAGUAAGGUCAACACAAAUGAUUCUUCUCAUCUUGAUUUUGAGUAUUUUUGACCAAAUGUUUUGACUAGUUGUAGAUAAGAUACUGGCAAAAUCAUUGUUAUACAUCCUCAUGAGAGAAUGACUUAUCAAUAGAAUUAUUUGUGAGAAUGGAAGUUGAAUAAUCAAUGGAAAGGUGCUUGGGCUCUUUUGGUUCAA